CUCCGAGUGCCAGUCAUGUUUCCCACUGCUCGCCUUUGCAUGCUGAUCGCGGCAGCUGCUCUGAUUGUUGUGGUGGCUGGUGUAUCCGGUAAAGCUCGCCAUCGGGCUGAGGAUUGUCCGCAGAUCAAGCUGAAGCGGCAGUGGGGCGGAAAGCCGUCCCAGAACCUCCACUAUCAGGUGCGUCCCAUCCGCUUCGUGGUAAUCCAUCACACGGUCACCGGCGAGUGCAGCGGGUUGCUUCAGUGCGCUCAGAUUCUUCAGGGCAUGCAAGCCUAUCACCAAACGGAUCUUAACUACAACGACAUCAGCUACAACUUCCUAAUUGGCAACGAUGGCGUCGUCUACGAGGGCACCGGCUGGGGUCUGCGCGGCGCCCACACUUACGGCUACAACGCCAAUGGCACGGGCAUUGCCUUCAUCGGCAACUACGGGGAAAAACUUCCCACGCCGGCUGCCCUGCGGGCGGCCAAACAGCUGUUGGCCUGCGGAGUAAGGCAGGGGGAGCUGAGCGAGGACUAUGGACUGAUUGCGGGCUCGCAGGUGAUCAGCACACAGAGUCCCGGGCUGACGCUCUACAAUGAGAUUCAGGAGUGGCCACAUUGGCUUUCCAAUCCCUAAAAUUCACUAAUUCGCAAAUGAGAUAUUUUGGCGCACUAAUCGAUAAGCGAUUGCAGUUGGUCGAGCUGCCAACUCGGUCUAUUCGCCACUUUCUUUAAUAAAGUCUACUUAGUUUUUAACUUUUAAAAAUUGCAAAUACAAGCUAGUUACCUUUAAA